AUGACGGAUGUUCAUAAAAAAAUUUAUACGCAGCCAGAUGAGAAUGAUGAGUUUUGCAAAGAGCCAGAACAAGCAGCUGAUAUUAACACUAAGUUCAAGUCAGAUGACUGUGCCAGCAGAGAAUGCAGACCAGCAAAUUGUACCUUAGAAAAUGAUAAGGCUAGCUAUGAGUGUGAGAUAUGUGGUAAAAUGUUUCUGGAUUUGCGUAGUUGUCAGUCACACAUACGAGGAGUCCACCACGAGGCAAGUCAGAUGUGUAAAUUUUGUGGAAAAAUGUUCAAGAGACGUUGUGACCUUUAUCAGCAUGAAAGAAGACAUAACACUGCUAAUCUUCCCUGUAAGUUGUGUGGGAAAAUUUUUAAGCUACCAAAAGAUCUUACAGCUCACAUGACGACACAUAUUGGAGGAAAGCGAUUUAAUUGUAUUCAUUGCAAUAAGGAACUUACAUCUUUUAGAAAUUUAAGAAACCACAUUGCAAGCAUUCAUCAGAAGCAACGAGCCUUUGUUUGUCAGAUGUGCAGCAAAACAUACUCCAAGUCAUGUUCAUUGCAGGUCCACAUACGGUCAGUGCAUACUGGAGAACGGCCUUUCAAGUGCAGUGUUUGCAGUAAAAGUUUCUGUGACUCUGCCUUAUUAAGGUUACACAAUGCUGUUCAUACAGGAGAACGUAAAUAUUCUUGUAAAGUGUGCGAGCGACGUUUCAACCAGUAUAGCAACAUGAUAAGUCACCAGCGGGUACAUACUAAUCAUCGUCCUUUCACAUGUGUCAUUUGCAAAGAAAAUUUCAAGACAAGGGAGGGGCUUCUUAAGCAUAAAUGGAUUCAUACAGGUCUUAAACCUCUCCAAUGUCGUCAUUGCUCCAAAGAGUUUCGCAUCAAAGAGAGUUAUGAGAGACACAUGUUGAAGUGUCACAAUGAAGUGAUUAGUCUGCCAGAGAUCUACUUUGAAAUGCCUGAGGAAUCCAUCUCUGAGGAACCCAGCAAGACCACUUCUAGCAACAGUGUAAGGGUGUUUAAAAGUAUAGGGGAUUCUAAAGUACAGGAACCAGCAUCUGUUUGUAUAUCCAGUAAUCGAAAUGAGAAAAUUAUCGAGAAAAAGACUUUUAAUAAAGAUUCCCCUCAAGAUAUGGGUCUUGUUGUUCACUUUGUUCAAGGUGUUACUCAAGUGGAGUCAUCACCUGUUCAUCUAACAACAAAUGAUUCAGGACAGAUGCAGCUAAAUUAUCCCCUUUUAUCUUCAACUGCAAAUGCAGAAGAAAAUGAAAUAUUAUCCUCAAAUGCUAAUAUUGAAGAAAAUUCUAAUAUAACUUUAGAAAACUUGGCGAAUCAAAUCUCAUGCAGUGAUAAGGUUACACAGUCCAUUGAUGUAGAAUCUCUUUUACAUGAAAAUGUUGAAGUUCCUGGUAUAGUAGUGCAAUAGUAGUAACAAAAGACAGUAAUACUAAUGCAGCUGCUCCCCGACUUAUGACUGGGUUAGGGACCCAAAUCCAGGUCGUAAGUCGAAAUGGUCGUAAGUCGAAAAUACAAAAAAUAAUACAUAGAAAAUCUAAAAUGAAAUACA